UUCCGAGAAGGAGGAGCCACUCGGGGCUGUCCCGCGCGCAGCCGGGUAAUGGCCGUGUCCAGGGGAGGUCGGCAGGGAAGCCCGCCUGUCGGUGCUCGCGCUCUUCCUCUGUCUUCCCUUCCUGAAAGUGGUCCACCUCUAUAUGAAUGUCCAAUGUGUCACCUUAUAUGUAUCGAUUAUCCAGUUCUGCAAGAACAUGUUGAACUGCACCUGGAUGAAUGCAGCAUUUUAGAAGGAAGAAACUUGAAUGAUCUAGAAUUGGCACAGCAUCUUCAAAAUGAAGAGGAUAAGCAAAGAAAAAUAGAAACAGGAAGACAAGAAAAGGCUGAUUUCCAAAAGCUGCAGAGACAAUAUGGUUUAGAUGGAUCUGGAGGGUACAAGCAACAGUCACUAAAAGCCAUGGCAAAAGAAGUGGAUUUUGGAAGAAUGCAACCAUCUGAAUAUCACAGGAGAAAAGCUGAUAUGCUGGAAUCUCUAGCUUUAGGCAUUGAUGAUGGAAAGUCAAAGACUUCAGGAGUCACUGAAGCAUUGUGCCAGUACUAUCAGAAUGAAUGCAAAGAUAUAAAACAUGUAUGGCUUUCUACGGGAGUGGAUCACUUUCACAGUUCUCCUGGAGACAAAGGCUGGGGUUGUGGUUAUCGGAAUUUUCAAAUUCAGUUUUCUUCUCUUUUGAGAAAUAACUCCUAUAAAGACUCCUUGAAAGAUAUUUCAUCUGUUCCUUGUAUUCCAAAAAUACAAACACAGAUUGAAGAUGCCUGGAAAGAAGGUUUUGAUCCCCAAGGAGCUUCUCAUUUCAACAGCAGAUUACAAGGAACUAAAGCGUGGAUAGGAGCAUGUGAAAUUUAUUCUCUCUUAACUUUUCUCAGGCUAAAGUGUCAAAUUAUUGACUUUCAUCAGCCUACUGGCUCCUCUGGCACACACCCUCGUUUGUUUGAAUGGGUAUUAAACUAUUAUUCUUCAGGUAAAGAUAGCAGUGGAAAGGUUACGAGUACUUCCAAGCCACCAAUUUAUCUGCAGCACCAAGGUCAUAGUCGUACCAUUGUUGGAAUCGAGGAAAGAAAAAACAAAAGUUUAUGUCUACUAAUAUUUGAUCCUGGCUGCCCUUCAGAAGAAAUGCAAAAACUGUUAAAAGGCAUUGAUGGGAACAAUCUAAAAUUAUUUCGAAGACUUCCAGGAGGCUUAAAGCAUAAGCAAUAUCAAAUAGUAGCUGUGGAUGGUGUGCUAACAGAAGAGGAAAAAGUUGCUCGUAGGCAGGCUUCUCAGUUCUUCACAGCACAGAAAAUUCCUUGAAAUUAGAAUUCCUGAAGAAUGAAGGAAAUUGAAGGCUACAAAAGAGAUCUGUUGAGUGAUGGGUUGUUGACAGGUUGUUGAGUGAUGUACAUAGCAGUUUUUAAACAUUU